AUGGGUGACCGGGAGGCUGAGCACACCAUGCCGCAGACGGAGCUGGAGGAGAUCGCCAGCAAAAUUUCAGAUUUAAACAAAUGGAGAGAAAUUUUUAGCUUCCAUGGUUUGGGAAUCAGCAAUACGACUCAUCAGCGAGGCCAGGGCAGCGGUGGAGAUGGACCGCCCGGAGCAGGAGAGCCGCCUCACCCCCCCUCCGCCAUCCCCAGACCCCUCCUGGUCUCUCCGGACGCGGGCGGCCGGCCCAUCUCCUUGGAAAUGGCAAUGGGGCUGCGUAAGCUGCUCUUUGGGAACGUGUUCCACCUCUUCAGCUGCGAAUGGGCAAAAGCAUACUUCAGGUUUCGCGAGCCGCACUCUGACCUGGCCUAUGCUUUGGAGGCAGAAAAGGGGGGGACUAGAGCCAUUCUGAUGGCUGUACAAGCGCACAUCAUUAAAUACCUGCUCUUCGUAAGAAACACCGAAUAUACUCACCUGGAAAGGCUGCGCAGGAUAAGCCGUCGGGAGCAGGGGGAGGCGCUGGCGGCCGCCCUGGCAGACACCCUGUGGGCAGCAGGAGGAGGCGGGAGAGCCGUCGUCUGCCUCGCCGCCACAGCCGUCCACGUUACGCCACGCGGGGACUACAAAGCCGACAGCUUCACGGAAAGAAUCCAGCUGUUUGAGUUCUGUGAGAAAGCAGCAGCUCAGGAGUUCAUCUUUGACCAUAUAAACUCUUUCAGAGGCGAAGGAAGCCAUGGAGUUAUCCUAUUUUUGUACAGUUUACUUUUCUCUAGGACACUGGAAAGGGUCCAAGAAGAUUUAGACUGCACGGCAACUCCGCUGUUGGAGUUCAGUUUUGGAAACAUCACCUGUACACAGGCCGUGCUCAGCCUCCUCCUGACGGGCCGAGCGAGCCCCCACCAGCUCAGCGGCGGGCAGGACCCGGGGACCGGCGGCGGGGACGUCGAGGCACGGCAGCGGCGGGGCCCGGUGGGCUACCUGCGCUGGGGGAGGGCGCCGGCGGAGUGGCAGGUGUGCCGCGGGCUGCGGACGCCCCAGCUGCCCGUCUGGCUGUGCAGCGUCGCCGGCCGGCACUGCGUCCUCUUCGGCACCGACAGCCUGCUCCUCUCCGACUGGAGAACGGAGAGAGCGUUCCACCUGUACUUGUACAACGGGCAGCGGGAGCAGACAAGAACAGCCCGUCUAACGAUCGACACUCAUUCGCAUCACUGGGAAGAGGCCCCCUGUGAGGCCCCCUGUGAAGACCCACGCAGCCCAGGGAGCAGCCGUCCAUCCGUGGAGAUGGCGAUCAGGACCAAGUGGCCGGGCGCAACCGUCAGCUGGAACGGGACAGACCCCUUCUUCUGAGGGGUCCCGGCACUCCCCACUCCCCACCGACGCACCAAACACUGCGGUCUGCAGGAGAAAAAGCGUUUUCACCAAGAAAACAGCCUUUGGCACCUUGAGCGGGUGCCCUCUUCAGCAAGGCAU